AUGAACGGCACGGAAGCCAGUCUCGACGUCAAUCGCUCCACACCGAUCUAUACCAUCGGCACGAGCUUCAUCACGCAAUGGAAACUGCAAAAGUUCAAGCAACGUACUUGCAUAUCUACUUCAGGUUAUCCCGAAUGCCAGGAAUAUCUUGUCUCUAACGGUACAAAUGAUACGGAUGUUUAUUAUUUUAAUAAUACCUUGGAUGGCAGCCUCAAUGGAGAUGGAGUAUUGGAACCGGUGUUACCACCGUUUCCGUUAUGGAUGGCAGCGAUCUUCGCAACUUGUUUGGUGCUAGUUAUUCUUUUAACUGUCAGUGGAAACGUUCUGGUUUUGCUGGCUUUCCUAGUAGACAGAACGAUACGCCAACCUAGCAAUUACUUCAUUGCAUCCCUUGCUGCUACGGACUUGUUGAUUGGUACCUUAUCACUUCCAUUCUACACUGAUUAUGUCCUUAAAGGAUAUUGGCAUUUAGGACCAUUAUUGUGUGAUUUGUGGCUAUCGGUAGACUACACAGUAUGCCUCGUAUCACAGUACACUGUGCUACUUAUAACAGUAGACAGAUUUUGUAGCGUUAAAAUAGCAGCGAGAUAUAGAGCGUGGCGAACAAAAAAUCGAGUUAUAUGGAUGGUAACCGUGACUUGGAUUAUCCCAGCUUUACUAUUUUUUACGACCAUAUUCGGAUGGGAGCAUUUUGUAGGGUAUAGAGAUUUACAAGAAGGUGAAUGUGCUGUUCAGUUUUUAAAGGAUCCUAUAUUUAAUACAGCUCUAAUUAUAGGCUAUUAUUGGACGACACUUUUCGUGCUCAUUGUAUUAUAUGCAGGUAUUUUUAAGACUGCAUACGACAUGCAAAAGAAAAGCGAAGCGAAACAAAGGAAAAUGCAGUCUAUGGUUGCAUUAAGUGCAGGAGUAAUGUCUGGUAUGGCAGGACGUGCAGCUGGCAUGGCUGGUUUACCUAAGCCCGCUAUUUCAAGUGAAGAUCAGGUUAAGGUAUCCGUCUCCGAACACAAAGAUUCUACUUCAAAAGGAUCUUUAGCUGCACCCUUACUCAACUUAGGUGGAUCGUCAGACUCAAAUUCCAGUCAAAAAUCAUCAGCUCAUAAAAGCAGUGCAACUGUCACAGGUACAUCUACAACUGCUGAAUCAGAUGGAGAAAAGAAAGAAGAACAGUUGGAAGCAGAACGGUCAAGUAGUCCAGCUUUCGAUUCUGAUGACGAAAGUACUACUCAAUCUAACGUUAAAAAGAGGCCCUCUGUUGCAAAUUUGGUGAUGCAAACGGGUGCUAUGCAAUUACUUAGUAACAUGCGCCUAAACGGUGGAAUGCUUAUAAAAACUGAUUUAAAACAGUCGCCCGGAAUUGGGAAUGAUUUUCAGAAACCGAAAUCAUCGCUAUCUCAAAUUUCGGAAAAAAGUCUUUUAGAUACGGACAACCCAAACGCAUUACAGCAUAAUAGGCAAAUAGCACCGAUAAACAUAUCUCCUGCUAGUGUCACUUCCCCCAACUCAUCAGGACAUGCCACACCAUCAGAAAGAGAGGUAUCAAAUACAAUUGCUCAAAGAAUCAUUCCCCCUCCAUCAGAGUUCAGAUGCAGUCCACCAGUAUCUGAAAGUCCACCAUCUCAUUCUGAAUCAUCUCGAACUAAAAUCAUUAAAUUAGUUAAAGGCGAUGGUAGUUGUUAUGAUGUGCUCAUUGGAAUGGAUGGUGCUGAUUUGAGAUAUAUGGAUGAAAGCUCAGUUAAUGUUCCUUCACCUACAAAUGAAAGUCCACCUUCGUCAAUCACCUUUCCAACCACUACCGAACCAUCAUCUCCUCCAAAUCUUAAUUCAGGUAAUGUAACAAAUACUUCGUUAUUGCAGGCUGCUCUUAUACGAGCAACAGCUGAAGCUCAAGUGUCACAACCCAAAACAAAUUUUUCUCCUCCGCCACCCGUAAAAGUAAACACAGAGGUAAGUUUAACUACAGGAGAGAGACCCAAACCCGUGAUUACCCUAGUGUCAUCGUCUUCCAAUAAUAAUGAACCUCCACGACCAAAAGAACUUGACAAUAAGGUUAUGUCCGUGAGAUUAAAUGCUGGAAUAAUCCCGGCGGUUGAAAAUAGUGAGAUUUCAAGUUCUGCUGUUAGUGGUUCAGGCCGUGGUGAUUCCAAGAAAGAAUUUGUAAAAAACAUAGGAAAGAAAUUAAAAGUUAAACGUUCUAAACGCGACGGACUAUUUUCGAGCAUUGGUCGUCAAAAAUCUAAAUCUGAAAACAGGGCACGAAAAGCCUUUAGAACCAUAUCUUUUAUUUUAGGAGCAUUUGUUGUUUGCUGGACUCCAUAUCAUAUUUUAGCUUUAGUAGAGGGAUUUUGUACGGAUCCUCCUUGUAUUAACAAGCAUAUUUACAUGUUCUCUUAUUUUUUAUGCUAUGCUAAUAGCCCUAUUAAUCCUUUUUGCUAUGCAUUAGCCAACCAACAGUUCAAAAAAACCUUUACAAGACUUCUGCGUGGCGAUUUUCAUAUUACCUAG